AUGUCAUGGUCACCUGUGAGCAUGUUUGGGGAUCUGCCCCGGCUGCAAGAAGAGAGUAACACCGCAGAUGGACUGCAGUGUGACACUUGUCAUCGCCAUCGUUACAGAAACUAUGGCACAGCUUUGGGAGCACCAAGAUAUAACCAGCCCUUGAAUGAGCGAGACCCAUUGGCCCGCCUACAACUGCUAAGUUCGCACGGUCUGCCGAAGCCAGAUGAGGAACUGGAUGUGGACAGUCCUGAGUUUGAGUUCGACAUGGUGCUGACGCCGCAACAGCGCUUAUACAUCUCCACACACUCCGGUGAGACGGAUCCCAGUCAGGCUUGGAAGAGGAAGGUCAUCAUUGACGUGACCAGACACUGGCCACAGGCUAUCAUACCAUACCAGAUUGCACCAGGCCUCAAGCAGUACCAGGUCCAGUGGGCGGUGGAUGCCAUGUCACUGUGGGAGAACAACACGUGCAUCAGGUUCCGUCCUCGGUCACGACUCCUGGCUUCACAACUCCGACACGACGACUACGUCACCUUCACAAACGAUUCCAGUUGCAGGACAAUGGUUGGCCGGGUAGCCGGGGGUCAAGAUCUUUCUGUUGGUCAGUGCAGUAAAGGUUCGAUCGUGCAUGAACUGGGACACACGAUUGGCUACGUCCAUGAACAGUCGCGUCCCGACCGUGAUGCUAACGUGGACAUCAUCGAGCACAACAUCAUCCCCACCAGAGAGUCAGACUUCAAGAAAUAUACCAACAAGUUGGUCAGCACCUACGGCCUACCUUACGACUAUGGCUCCAUAAUGCAUUACAGCUCUACCAUCCUCAUUGGAUUCUCCUCAGGGAGAGGAGAACGUAACUGGAUUGAACACUGA